UUUCACUGUCAACACUCGUGCCCUGAGCCGCACAACUUGUUACAGGUGCUCCUACCAGGUCACAGAGUUAGAAUUCACGAUGGGUUGCGGAGGAUCCAAGAACACUACUGCUAGCAGCACCAAACCGUCCGUGGACCUCUACUUGGCCUAUUUCUCCCCACCAUGUCGAGCAGUUCUUAUGCUCGCCAAAGAGAUCGGAUUGGAGCUUAACCACAAGAUACUAGAUCUACAGAAGGGGGAGGCCAAGACUCCAGAGUUCUUGGCGAUGAAUCCUUGUCACUGUGUCCCAACUAUCAAGGACGGAGACUUGGCGCUCUGGGAAAGUGUUGCGAUCAUGGUCUAUUUGAACGACAAGUACGCAAAAGACCCUGCGAAGCUCUACCCGACUGACCACCAGAAGAGAGCUAAAGUCAACCUCCUGUUCGGAUUCCACAGACAGUAUGAUGCCAACAUCGGUGCCUAUGUGGCACCCCAGGUACUUCGGGGAGAAGACGCCGACCCGGAGAAGGAGGAGAAAGUCAAGACGAGCCUGGAGCUGCUGAACAAAAUGUUGGAGGGGAAAACUUACGUGGCAGGGGACUGUCUCACACUGGCAGACUUCGGUAUGAUGGCCUCCCUGACCCUCUUAGACUUCAAAGGGUACGACUACAAGAGCAACUACCCCUGCAUCAGUGCCUGGAACGACCGCAUGAGGGCGCUUCCGUACUUUGAGGAGUGCAACAAGGGGUGGUACGAGAUGGUGAAGUCCAUGUCCGCGUAGUCUCUACCAGACCAUGGAGGAUAGCCUCUACCAGGCUUCGGGAGGCGGCUGGAAAGAGUAGAAA